AUGACUUUCACCGGGGUGCUACACGUCGCGGCUCUGUUCCUGAUCCAAGGGGAUUUUCCAGGAGCUGGCAGUGAAACUGUAACUCUAAAGGAAGGAGAGGACCUAAAUCUCCGCUGCAGCCUCAGCAGUGACGACGGCUCUGCCCGGCAGUGGUUAAACCCUCACGGCUUUGCCAUUUUUCUGAACACCCAGCGGGCUUUAAGAGAUCAGAGGUACCAACUUCUCCAUUAUUCAAAGGAUGAAUUAUCCAUCCAACUGUCUAACGUCACAGUGCACGAUGAAGGCGUAUAUAGAUGCUUCUACUACGGCAUCCCUUUCAAAAGCAUGAACAAGACUGUUGAGGUAUUAGCUGCUCCUUCUGAUCCAGUACUGAAAGUAUCCAGAGACACAGAAAGAAGCAUUGCACUGUCUUGCUGUACCCGAGGAGGUAAACCACAGCCCCACAUUACCUGGCUGCUGGACAACGGGGUAGAGCUCCCUGGUGACACUAAGCACAAGUUAGAAGCUGAUGGGAAGAAAUGGACCACAACCAGCACGCUGACAGUCCUCGCCUAUGGGCCCAAUUCAACAGCCAGCUGCCUCGUGCACCACCAAGCACUAGGAGAAGAGAAGCUGAUGGCGUCUUUCCAGUUUGAGGACCUCCAGAGGACAGUGACCACUGCAGUGUCAUACCUAAACAGCAGCACAGCCUCUGCUCCAAGCUACCCACAGCAUACGGGAUCUGAACGACCAACUGUCCCUUCUGCAGUACCAGAGGAUCCAGUAGUUACCAGCUCAGCAUCAACACCAACCCAGCAAAACCUCCAACCAGAUGUCACAUCUACUUGGUCUGAAGCAACGCCAGCUGCAGCAGGAAAGGAAGAAUUUACUGGUUCAUCGGGUUAUCAUGUCCCCAGUGGGACUGAAACAGCAUUCAGUGGCAAUGUCACAGAACAGGAACUUUCCAGGACAGAAGCCUCACAACCAAGUGAAAAUAUAACUGUGAUUCCUACCAUCGCCUUUGAUCAAGAUCUGAAAUUUGAAGGCAUCAAAAAGAGGAAGAAUAAUCUCUUGCUGCCAAUCUUGGUGGCUGCUCUGAUUUUCGUGCUGCUCAUCAUUGUCCUGCUUUUUAUGAUGAAGCUGAAAAAAGCUCAUGGAGUGUGGAAAAGAGAAAAUGAUGUUUCAGACCAGACAUUGGAGAGUUAUAAAUCCAAAUCUAAUGAAGACAGUCCAGGCCAGGAGAAGAACGGACACGUUGUCAAUCAGAAGUCCAACAUGCAAUAUGUAACAGAAGGAUAUGUGGAAACAACGCAGAAAAAUCCAGGAGAGAAAAACAUUGCAAUAAUAAGCGAGAAAGUGUUUGAAUGUGGAAAGGAAACAGAUGUAUAG